AUUCAUAUAAAACUGUCAUAAUGACAUAACUUAAAAAAUUGACAGGAAAACAGAUUAAUAGUUUAAAUUGUACUUUUUAAAUUAAUAAACAAUAAUACAAUGGCUGCAUUUAUGCAAGAUUCUAAUCGCCCGGAACUAAUGGAAGAAGUUAAAUUAUUUAGUAAUUCACGUGAACGGGAAAAAUAUGAAAAUAUGGCUGAUUUGUACGCAGUCGUAAAUACUCUUCAACAUUUAGAAAAAGCAUAUAUUAGAGACUGUGUCACACCAAAAGAGUAUACAGCCGCUUGCAGUAAAUUGUUGGUACAAUAUCGAGCAGCAUUCAAACAGAUACAAGGGGACGAUUAUCCGAAUAUAGAAGCCUUUAUAAAAAAAUUCCGAUUGGACUGUCCCGCCGCUCUAGAAAGAAUUAAAGAAGAUCGUCCUAUAACAAUUAAAGAUGAUAAAGGAAAUACUAGUAAAUGUAUUGCAGAUAUAGUAUCGUUAUUUAUAACACUUAUGGAUAAACUACGUUUAGAAAUCAAAGCAAAAGAUGAAUUACAUUUAGAUAUAUCUGAUUUAAUGGAUACAAUGAAUCGUUUAAGUAUAUUACCAUCAGAUUUUGAAGGCAAAGAGAAAGUACGAUACUGGUUAACAACAUUAAAUGCAAUGCAUGCAUCCGACGAAUUAACUGAACAACAAGUUCGACAAUUAUUAUUCGAUUUAGAUUCUGCGUAUAGUGCAUUUAAUAAAAUAUUACAUAAUGCUGCCUAAAUAUUACACAACAAUGCCAUUCAUAAUUAAUUUUUAAUCAAUUAUUUAAGAAUGU